UGUCAGGAAAUUCUGUGAAUAAUAAAAAGAACAGUUUAUAAGUCCAACUAUCCAUGUGUACAAAUCAUCUGUCCCUCAUACUAGCUGAUAACCAGACCGACACCGUCACGUGACCACUUCCGACCUGCGUCAGGGUUGCUGCAAAAUGGAGGACCGUGAAGCUAAAGAACCGGAGCAGCCCAGAAAACUUUUCAUUGGUGGACUGAGCUUUGAAACCACGGAGGAGAGUUUACGGGCCCAUUUUGAACAAUGGGGAACUCUCACAGAUUGCGUGGUGAUGAGGGAUCCAAGUAGCAAGCGAUCGAGAGGCUUCGGCUUUGUAACCUACUCCUCUGUCAGGGAAGUCGAUGAUGCCAUGAAAGCAAGACCUCAUAAAGUAGAUGGUCGUGUUGUUGAGCCAAAGAGGGCCGUGUCCAGAGAGGACUCCAGUAGACCCGGUGCCCAUCUGACAGUGAAGAAGAUCUUCGUCGGCGGUAUCAAGGAGGACACUGAGGAGUGCCACAUUCGCGAGUAUUUUGAGAAAUACGGAAAGAUUGAAUGCAUUGAGAUCAUGGAGGAUCGCCUCACAGGGAAGAAGAGAGGAUUCUGCUUCGUCUCUUUCGAUGACCAUGACACUGUCGACAAAAUUGUUGGUCAGAAAUUUCACACAAUCAACUUCCACAACUGUGAGAUAAGGAAAGCGCUGUCAAAACAGGAGAUGAAUUCUUAUUCCGGUAGCAGGGGCAGGAGCGGAGGAUCAGGAAAUUUCAUGGGCAGAGGGGGUAAUUUUGGAGGUGGCGGCAACUUUGGCCGGGGUGGCUAUGGUGGAGGUCGUGGUGGUUAUGGCGACGAUUUUGACAAUGGUCCAGGUGGAAAUUAUGGUGGUGGACCGGGGUAUGGGGGUGGCCGAGGGGGCUAUGGAGGUGGUGGUGGUGGCCCUGGGUAUGGCAACCAAGGUGGUGGUUUUGGUGGCAACUGUGAUGGAUGUUACGGAGGUAAUGAUGGAGGAUAUGGAGGUGGAGGAAAUUACAACGACUUUGGAAAUUAUGGGGGCCAGCAGUCCAGUUACGGACCCAUGAAGGGAAACAACUUUGGUGGCAGAAACUCUGGACCCUAUGGUGGUGGCUACGGCUCCGGUGGCGGAGGCGGAGGUGGCUUCAACUCCCGGCGAUAUUAAUUGUUUCAUGUUUUGGCUUCAGUUCUUAGCAGGAGAGGCGAGGAGGUGAGCAAAGGAAUUGUCAGGAAAGCUGCAGGUUACUUUGAGGCAGUCAUCUGAAAGCAUUAGAGGAACACACAAGUCAGACAUUACCGCAGCUAUAUCGGAGAAGUUUAUGGAAGAAGGACUGUAUACACAAGACAUGAGCGCAGAUGAUACCCUUCCUUAACUGUGAUAGAUGUUUCCCUACUGAGCAAAUUUCUUUUCCUUUUGUGCGUCUGAAGUGUGUGUAUUGUGCCUAUGGUAUCAGGGGUAAAGAGUAAAUUGUUUUUUUGAUCUGAAGUCAGUUCUAAAUAUCUACUUUUUUCUUUUUUACAUGGGUUAGUUUUCUGCUGGCCAAUUAAUCUUAUGUCUUUUAACCUGGAUUUUGUCAACUAGCAUAGUUAUGUCAGGCCCUUAGAUAAACGUAGAAUUGCGCAUUGUUUCUUUCUUGAAGAUAUUAUGAUUGCAAGUGUCAAGUGUAUUUUGAUUUUGUAUGUAAAGCACAGUGUGUAAAUCCUAAAUGGCACCAGUGUCAACAAAUAUAAAGCCGUCUGGAUUAGAAUUAAGGGAAUCCCUCACUCCUCUUGUUCCCAGAAAAACAAACUCUAGAUUGUUCAAAUAUUUUGAAUAGAUGAAAAAGACCGAAUAAAAUUGUGUAGUAAAUUAA